AUGAGUUCAACAGUAAACAUUCAGAAAAAUGAAUUAAUGAAUCUUCCAGAGGAAAUUCUUCUUUACAUUUUGAAGUUCGUAAAUAUUUCUUCACGUUCCAAUGUUUCCCAAGUUUGUCGAAAAUUCUAUGAACUAGUAUGCACAUUGGAAAAAGAUUGUCUACCAUUAAAACUUUCAUAUAAACAGAUUUGUGAUGAAAAUAUGUACAGUUCGAUCAUCAAUACAUCUCGAAUGUUCACAGAUUUGACAAUAUCUGUUGAUGUUGUACCAAACAUAGAUCCUAUCCUAAACAUAUUGGUGAAAUUUGGAGAAAGAAUUGAAAAAUUUACAUUCACAGGAAGAUAUGUCCCAGGAAAAAUCAAAUCAACAGUUUUAGAGUCACAAUUGGCGGAAAUGUUAAAUUGCAUUCCCAACGUUGAAGAGUUAACUUUUGAAUUUAUUUGUGUAAUACGUGAUAUGCAUUGGAGUGAUGAGCUUCCUUUAUACAAACUUAAAAAGUUAACAAUGGAAUCAGACUGGAGAUCAGAUUGUGAUUUUCCGAUCAUCUUUAACCAGCUACCAAAAGAUGUAGUAACUGAAAUGUCCAUUCGUUUUAACCUCUAUAACGAGAAUUUCAAGCAAUUUAUCAAUCAGCAAACCCAAAUAACAAAGCUCAUAAUGAAAAGAGAACUGCAUAGUGACUUAUCAGUAUUGAAUCUUCCUAAUCUAAAACAUUUCACUUAUUGGCACAUUGGUUUUAAUGAGAAUUUUCCAGAGAUGAUACGACAACACCCAAAACUUCGCUCUCUCGAUUUGUGCGAUGGUCUUAGUACGAACAUGAAUAAUGAAAUUUUUGAAGCAAUUUGUGAAUUAGAUUAUCUUGAAUCACUUAAAACGGUCAUUAAUGAGGAGCUAUCUGUGGAUGUUUUUAAAUCACUCGCUAAUGUCAUUCAUUUAAGAGAGCUUCAUUUGAUUAUUGACAUGCAGCAAGACAUUCAGAGAAUUUUCAAUUUUCAGAAUUUUCAGGAAGAUGAUGUUGAUGAUGAUGGCAUCCAAUUUCUUAACAUAGUCUUGGAGCUUAGUAUGAUGAAAUUCUUGCAGAUUGAAACAUUAUCAAUCACAGGCAGUGAAAACUUUACCGUCAUAAUUCCUCAAGAAAUAGUUUUUCAGUUUAUUCAAAACUUUCAAAAUUUAAAACACUUGAGAUUCGAGCAUGGUUCAAUUAAUAUCAUCGGCACCGUUCUAAAGUAUUUUAUCAAACUUGAAACGUUUGAUUUUUGUGUGAUUCGUUCAGAAGAAGAGCAAGAUCUUAUGGAUGAAGACUUAAGUCACGAGAAUCUAAAGGAAUUCAAAGUUUCAAGCUAUGAUAUUUAUAACACGAGAUCAAUCCUUUAUGCUAUCAGUGCUUGUCCUAGUCUGGAACUAAUCGAAAUAUCAAAAGAAUGUGACAUUUCUAACGAAGAUUUGCAGCAAAUUGUGGAUGAUCAUCCCAAACUAAAAUAUUUAACACUUGACGUGUAUAAAUUCAGCUUUGAAAAUGAGACAGCUGAAGUUAUUCAAUCUGCUGCUAGAAGACUUCAAAGGAUUUCGUUAUCUGGACUCAGCCGAUUUUUAUCAUUUGAAACUAUAAAAGAAUGCUUUAAGGAGGAAUUUCCUUGUAUCAAACACUUUGAAAGAGGAAAUGGAACAUUCGAACUUAUGAUGAAGAAACGAGGCCCAUUGAAAUGAUUUCUUCUUUAAUCUUUCUCAAAUUAAUAUACCUAAAUGAACAAGUUGAGAUUUUUAAAUUAAACUCGGUUGAAUAUAAAAAAAUAAAAUUAGUAAAAUAAAAAGAGAAG